UUGUGACUGAUAUAAUCUAAAAGUAUUGCGCACCCAAAGUAGUUGGCUCAUUUGCAAAUAAAUAGUCAUCGAGACAGUGACAAAACCAAGGCAAUUUUCUUCUAAAGAUCUAAGACAACAAAAAAAAAGGAAAACAAUCAUGAAUGUUAUAAGACAAAAUUAUAGCACCGAGUGCGAAGAUGCUCUUAACAAACAAAUCAAUCUAGAACUUCAGGCCAGUUAUGUUUACCUUUCAAUGGCAUAUCAUUUUCAGCGAAGUGAUGUAGCUUUACAUGGACUUCACAAGUACUUUAAACAUGCCUCCGAUGAGGAACGCGAUCAUGCCAUGAAAUUUAUGGACUAUCAAAAUAAACGUGGUGGAUCGAUUCGUCUCAUGGAUGUUAGUGCUCCCCCUAAACAUGAAUGGGGUACUGCUAAAGAUGCAAUGUCUGAAGCUUUGGCAUUAGAAAAACGAGUUAAUGAGAACCUUUUGAGAUUACACGCCAUCGCCUCAAAUCAUAAUGACGCUCAUUUCAUGGAUUUCCUCGAGGGCGAAUAUUUAACAGAACAAGUUGAUUCCAUAAGAGCAAUUGCUGCCCAUGUGACAAAUCUGGAACGAGUUGGCGAGGGACUUGGCGUUUUCGUAUUUGACAAAGAAUUAAACAAAGAUUAAAAGUAAAUAUUUACUGCUUUCGACGAAUUUUCUUUUUCUUUUCUUAUUUUAUAUAAUUUGAGUCAUCGUUAUAUAUUGUAACAUUAAUGGUAACAACUGUGAUACACUCAAUAUAUUAUUAUAUUAUAAUAUAUUGUACAAAAAAAAAAUUUUUUUGUACAAUAUUUAAUUGAUAUAACGUAUGAUUUCUAAUUUUUUGGAUAUAUUUAUUUUUUGUUUUCUUUUAAGUUUUCAACUUGACAUGUGCGUCAGAAAAAAAGGGAAAAAUUAUAUAAUAUUAAUAUUGAUUGAAAGCACAAUAUUAUAAUGUUCAAGUAUAUAACGAGUGCUUAUUAAUAUUUUUUUGUACAUUAAUUAAUUUUGAUGUACAAUUUAUUUUUUUAUAUGAGUCGCUUUAUAAUAGUUUAUUUUGACUUUAUUUAAAAGGUAUUAAAAUGGAUAGAAGAUAAAACUUAAGAUCAAAGUAUUAUAUUUGAUUAAGAAUUUUGUCAAUUAAAAUUAAAAUUAGAUAAGAGAAGUUGUUUAUUCUCUGCAAAUUAAGCGUGUAGAGUAAAUGCAAAUUUCAAACAUUUAUGAUUUUCAAAAAAUCAUUACUUUUUUCUUGUACAUUGUAAACAAAAUUUACGUGUAAGAAAUAAAAGUUUAUUAUUGCGAAAA